GCAGGAGCCGGGAGGCCGGAGGCGCGUGGGGCAGCCCGGGGCGCAGCCCGUCACCAGGAGGCACCAUGUGGCGAUGUCCACUGGGGCUGCUGCUGUUGCUGCUGCUGGCCGGCGAGUUGACCCUGGGUGCCCGGCGGGGUCGUGGGCGCCGGGAGCUAGCCCCGGGUCUGCACCUGCGGGGCAUCCGGGAUGCGGGCGGCCGGUACUGCGGGGGGCAGGACCUGUGCUGCCGGGGCCGUGCCGACGACUGCGCCCUGCCCUACCUGGGUGCCACCUGCUACUGUGACCUCUUCUGCAACCGCACCGUCUCCGACUGCUGCCCUGACUUCUGGGACUUCUGCCUCGGCGUGCCACCCCCCUUUCCCCCCAUCCCAGGAUGUACCCAUGGGAGUCGCAUCUAUCCAAUCUUAGGAACCUACUGGGACAACUGUAACCGUUGCACCUGCCAGGAGCAAGGGCAGUGGGAGUGUGACCAGGAGCCAUGCCUGGUGGACGAAGACAUGAUCAACGCCAUCAACCGGGGCAACUACGGAUGGCGGGCUGGGAACCACAGCGCCUUCUGGGGCAUGACCCUGGAUGAAGGCAUUCGCUACCGCCUGGGCACCAUCCGCCCUUCUUCCUCUGUCACCAAUAUGAAUGAGAUUCACACAGUUCUGGGCCCAGGGGAGGUGCUGCCCACAGCGUUCGAGGCCUCUGAGAAGUGGCCCAACCUGAUCCAUGGGCCUCUUGACCAGGGCAACUGUGCAGGCUCCUGGGCCUUCUCCACAGCAGCCGUGGCAUCCGAUCGCGUCUCAAUCCAUUCCCUGGGGCAUAUGGCACCUGUCCUGUCGCCCCAGAACCUGCUGUCUUGUAACACCCACAACCAGCAGGGUUGCCGUGGUGGGCGUCUCGAUGGGGCCUGGUGGUUCCUGCGACGUCGAGGGGUUGUGUCCGACCACUGCUACCCGUUCAUGGGCAGCGAGCGGGACGAGGCUGGCCCCGCGCCCCGCUGUAUGAUGCACAGCCGGGCCAUGGGUCGGGGCAAGCGCCAGGCCACUGCCCGAUGCCCCAGUAGCCAUGUCCAUGCCAAUGACAUCUACCAGGUCACUCCUGCCUACCGCCUCGGCUCCAGCGAGAAGGAGAUCAUGAAGGAACUGAUGGAGAACGGCCCUGUCCAAGCUCUCAUGGAGGUGCACGAGGACUUCUUCCUGUACCAGGGCGGCAUCUACAGCCACACCCCAGUGAGCCUUGGGAGGCCAGAGCGAUACCGCCGGCACGGGACCCACUCGGUCAAGAUCACAGGGUGGGGACAGGAGACGCUGCCCGACGGAAGAACGCUCAAAUACUGGACGGCGGCCAACUCGUGGGGCCCAGCCUGGGGCGAGAGGGGCCACUUCCGCAUCGUGCGCGGCGCCAACGAGUGCGACAUCGAGAGCUUCGUGCUGGGCGUCUGGGGCCGCGUGGGCACGGAGGACAUGGCGCACCGCUGAGGCCCUGGCACCGCGCCGGGCUGGCCGGCGGAAGAGCCCC